AUGCUGACUCGGUUUCUUGCUAUACUCGCUUUCCUCGCUUUCAGCAAGCUCGAUUCCCUUAUAGCGGGUGAUUCCUCCGUUCCAGAGGUACCUAGUAUGGAUGUGGGGGAUACAGAUCCUCGGGCCGCCAAGGUCACACUAGUCAUUGCGCAGAAAGGCCUUAGCGACCAGGGAAGGGGCUAUUACUUGCCGAAAAUCGUACUUCAAGACAUCUACGAUCGUAUGACGCCUAGUGACUCUAACGUACUGCAGAGUUUCAUAACUAUUCAGCAGGAAGAGCAGGAAGAGCAGGAAGUAGCUGAAGAGCGCAAGACGCGUAUAGAGGACCAUUGUCCGCCAGGUAUCAUACAUAUAGCGAACAAUCCAGACCGGCAGCAGUGUGAUAAUUGGAUACGACGGUUUGCAAAGUUGACUUUGUUUUAG